AUGGAUCCCGCUCGCGCAUUACCCGUUUCUCCUGACAUUAAGCCACGCCGCAUGCCGGCACAAACAUGCACGCCGCAGCACACCUUUGGCGGGCAGCCGUUCUCUCCACAGCCGGCCAAGGCAGCCGACCAACCAUCGCCGACUACCGACACCAGGGUGGACGAAAGCGGACGCAAGAUGACAUAUGCGGAGCUCAUUCACAUGGCACUUCUCAGCAGCGAAACGCAGCAGAUGAGGCUCAGCGAACUCUACGGUUGGUUUAAACGAAACACCUGGAGAGCCAACAGGGGAAAAAAAGGAUGGAAGAACAGCGUUCGCUCCAACCUCUGCCUGAACAAGGCUUUCGAACGACUAGACGGUAAAGGCUCCUAUUGGAAGCUUGUAGACGCAGCUUUGAAGCAGGUCCAACCAACGCGCAAACCUCGAACGGAUCGCAGAAAAAAGGUCAGGGUGUCUACUGCCAAGAGAAACGGUAUGCCAUCGUCGCCUACGUCGCGUGCACCCGAUUCAUGCAACGUUCCGCAAGUGACCGUGUCCGACGCUCGCCACGACCACCACAGCCCUUGGAGUCUCGGCUCUUCCACGUCCCCGGAGAAGAGUCAAUUCGCAGGCGAGCCUUCUUCCAACUAUCCAACGCCGAGUCCUGCUGUUUCAACGGAAAACGGGUUGGGGUACAUGCUCGAUCCACUAUGGGCUUGGAACUUGGACAGCGGACGCUACGUAAACUGGCCCUACUGCAGCUGCUUCUGUAGCCGACACAAACUUGGUCGGACAGACAUCAGUGGCACGUUCCAGUUGUGUGCUAGCACUCCGGGUUGUCCUCCACCAGUGGCGAAUGCCCGUGUGAGCUCGCGUCCUUACUCGGAAACGUUUGUUUGUUGGGCGGCGUGA